CUCAGAAGUCGUCAGUUUAAGUUGUCUACGCAAAAACAGUUGACUAAACCAAUAUGAAAGGUUUCAUUUUCGUAGUACUUUUGGCUGUUGCCCUAUCGUCUGCAGGAGCUGCUAAUCCCAGACCUCGCAUCACCAAUGGCCUUACAGCCAAAACAGGACAAUUUAACUUCCAAGUUGGUUUGGAAAUGAGGAUGAGCCUUUUGACUGGCCAAUGGUGUGGAGGAUCCUUGAUCUCUCCCGAAUGGAUAGUAACCGCUGCUCACUGCACUGAUGGGGCUAAAUCCAUUAAGGCUUAUUUGGGAAGCACCCAUCAGCGAUCGGGAGUAAUGGUUAAGGUCUUAGAAACAAUCAUCCACAGUGGAUGGAAUGAAACCACUGUUGCCAACGACAUUUCCCUUUUGCGCAUUGAACCUGUCACUUUAGGGCCAACAAUUAACACCGUCAAAUUGCCUGCUGUAUCCAAUAGCUUCUUUACCAACAAAUACUUGAACGAGAAGGUCAUUGCUUCCGGUUGGGGCAUGAUCAACGACGAAGGAGAUUCUAGUGAGGAUCUGCAGUACGCCGAAAUGCAAAUCGUUCCGAACUCCGUGUGCCUUCGUUAUUAUGGUUAUGCUAUUAAAUCUUCAAACAUUUGUGCCCAAGGACCAGUUGGAACAUCUACAUGCUCAGGAGAUUCAGGUGGCCCACUUGUUACCGAAUCAACUAACACACUUAUUGGUCUAACUUCCUUUGGAGCUGCUAUGGGUUGCACUCUUGGUUUGCCAGAGGCUUUCACUCGCAUCAGCAGCUACAGAUCAUGGAUCUUGGAGCAAACUGGUGUUUAGACAUGAUGAACAAAUUUUGAAAUAAAAAAGUGAAAUUGAAAAUGCAAUUGGUAAUGUAAAUAAACUGAUAUAAAUUGAAA